AUGACAGGGCCCCCGACUCCCCCUCUCAUCACACCCGCUGAGAUUGAAGACGAAGCUCGUACCUCUGAGCCAACACAACCGGAGCAGCCACCGACACCCGCUCCUACAGAGGCACUCCAAACCGACCAGCCUCCCGCGAAUGAACCUGCUCCUGCAACAGUGGUCGAGGAUCAGAGAACUCAAUACGAAAUCCACUUCCGCAAGGUAGCGGAGCUUGCGGAGAAGAGUGAAUAUCAAGAGCUGAUCAAUUUCGCAGAGGAAGUGGACAUCAUUCCUGGCAAUGAGAAACAUCCGACACGAGUUUUCAUAACUGCACCUCUUGUGCUCUCAUACUGCAUUGUGGAUCAACUCCCAGCGGCUCGCCACGCGCUGACGCGACUGCCUAAAUCUCUAGCAAGUCUUCCCGUGACGAAAGGUUUAUAUCGCCUACUUGCUUCCGUCUGGGAGCGAAACUACAGUUCUGUGUAUAUCCGCGCCAAAGAGCUCUUCAAUCUAUGCCAACAAACCGAUCCUGCCAGUGGUGAAUUGCCGACGCUGAUAGCCAACAUGGUGACUGUAUUUGUUGAUGCAUUUCGCGCGAAGACAUUCGCGCUCUUGGCUAAAGCGUACACGUCUCUACCGGUGUCACUUGCGCAUACAUAUCUAGGCUAUUCUCCAGAGGAAUUACUGACGGUUGCGACGUCAAAAGGCUGGAUAUGCCACAACCAAUCCCUCAUUCCUCCUCCACCAAGUACAUCGAGGUCUGAUAACUUCGCAGCACGUACGCCCCUUUAUUUUGUUUAUUAUAUUUGA